GAGAGCGGGGACGGGGAGCGCCGGGACGGGCAGCCGGGGACCGGGAGGGGGCGGCCCCCGCCCCGCCCCUUUAAGCGCAGGCCCAGGCCGCCGCCGCCGCCGCCAUCACCAUCGCCAGGCUGUGCCUGAUGCUGACGGUGCUCGCUCAUCACUUCCCGGCGGGUGAGCGGCGCGGGCCGGGGGCGGGGGGCUGUGGGCGGCCGGCCCGACGCGCCCCGACCCCUCCGGUCCCCGCGGCUCCCCACAGCCGGCGAGCAGGAGCGCACCUUUCUGGCCGUGAAGCCCGACGGCGUGCAGUGGCGACUCGUGGGCGAGAUCAUGCGGCGCUUCGAGCGCAAGGGCUUCAAGCUGGUGGCGCUGAAGCUGGUGCAGGUGAGGGCGCUGGCGGGGCCGGCAGGAGGGCGGGGACCCCGGCGCGCAAGGCCCGGCCCCACCAGGUCCCCACCCCGGUCCCGCAGGCCUCGGACGAGCUGCUGCGCGAGCACUACGCCAGGCUGCGCGAGCGCCCCUUUUACGGCCGCCUGGUGGACUACAUGCACUCUGGGCCCAUGGUGGCCAUGGAACGUGAUCCACGGCAGCGACUCCGUGGAGAGCGCCCGUCGCGAGAUCGCGCUCUGGUUCCACAGCGAUGAGUUGCUGUGCUGGGAGGACAGCGCCUGACACUGGCUGCACGAGUAGCGCGGGGUCCGCGGGCCCCUCCUGUGCGGACGCCCGCGACCUGGGCAGCCUUUCCUUGGACAAUAAAGCAGUGAAUCCUCCGACCUCCUGCUGGUCUGGGGCAGGGACACGA